AUGACCGACGUCGAUGCAGACAUUCCGGGCUUCGUUCAUGACCUCCUCAGCAGCGUCAUCCCCUACCCCGUCUUCCGCAUCCUCGCCGGCUUCUCCAACCUCAUCUACAGCCUGCUCGGCUCCUCCAACAACCCCGCCUCUUGGACAUCGACGCUGCUACCGCCCCUUUUGACCUUCUUCCUCGCCUACACCGCCCUCGUCAUCGCCUACCGUACCGUCCGCAACGCAAUCUCCCUCGCCUGGUGGGGCAUCAAGUGGGGCGCCAUCAUCGGCGGCCUCAUCGCCGUCUGGGCCUGGUGGACCGACAACACCGGCGCCAUCAACUCGGUCGGCCAGGCUCCCCCCUCUGGCAUCUUUGACCAGAUCGGCCGGUUGAACAGCUUCAUGUCCAACCCGGCCGUAUCAGCGCUCUACUCGCAACUAUCUUCCAACACCGGCGGCUCCGCGGGCUCAGGAUCUCGAGCGCGGCAGUCGUCGCCCUACUCGUCACGUGAACGCAAGCCGUUCGAUCAAACCAGGCGGCGCAACCGUCGCAACGCUGGCAGCAGCGGCGGAGGCAUUGAUGACUUCCUGCCAGCCGAUCUCGGCGGCGGGCUCGACGCGUUCAGCGACCUGCUGGGACGAGCGCGCAACAACGACGGCCUCGAUGACAACCACAACAACAACCCUGGUGGUGGCGGCGGCGUCGACUUUGCAGGCCUGCUCGGCUCGAUGAUUGCGGCGGGUCAGCAGCAGGGAAUCGAUGCGGCAUCGGCCCUCCGCGCUGCCAGCCGGGUGCAGGACGAGGUCAGAAGGUUCCAAGAGAACCCAGCGGCGUGGCUGGCGUCCAUCGGAUCCAGCUUCCGCGCGGACGGUGGUGUCGGGCCCGGGUCUGGCGGCGAGGACGACGAGCCGGUGGGAUCGCGGACGAGGGCGCGAGCCAGGCGAGGUCGAGCUGCUGCCCGCUAG